AUGACCCUCAAUUAUAAGAACACUAGCAGCAUCACACUGGGGUCCUCCCGCUUCUCCUCGCCCCCGCGUCCAGGCUGGCCAAUCGGGACGGACGCCAUGGAGAGGGCGGGGCUUGUCUUUAAAGGCGCUGCUGCCGGCGCUCAGAUCCGGAUGAUGGCGGCUGCCUGGCACGGGCUGUGGCUGCUGCUGCUUGCGGGGGCGCCGGGGCCAUGGGGCGCCGCCGCGCUGCCCGCGGCCCAGCCGCCGCCGGACGUGGAGUUCACCUUCCUGCUACCCGCCGGUGCAGCAGCAUGCGUUGUGCAGGGCUGGACCCCAUUGCUCACCUGGUGGUUGCUGCUGCAGGUUAUUGGUGGUGCUGGUCUGGAUGUGGACUUCUCCCUGGAGAGCCCCUCAGGCGUGCUGCUCAUCAACGAGUACCGCAAGUCAGACGGGGUGCACACCAUCGAGCCCACAGAAGCUGGUGACUACAAGCUUUGCUUCGACAACUCCUUCAGUACCAUCUCGGAGAAGUUGGUGUUCUUCGAACUCCUUUUCGACAGUCCGCAGGAUGAGGAGGAUGCCGAGAGCUGGGCUGAAGCUGUGGAGCCUGAGGACAUGCUGGAUGUCAAGAUUGAGGAUAUCAAGGAAUCCAUUGAGACCAUGAAGAGCCGCCUGGAACGGAGCAUCCAGAUGCAGACGCUGCUCCGGGCCUUUGAGGCCAGGGACCGCAACCUCCAGGAGAGCAACUUGGGUCGGGUCAACUUCUGGUCAGCUGUCAACCUGGGGGUGCUGGUGGUGGUGGCUUUCCUUCAGGUCUACAUGCUCAAGAGUCUCUUUGAGGACAAGCGAAAGGUGCGAACGUAGUUCUAGUUGGCAAGAAGGACUGCAUCCCUCCCAGGUGGGGGCUAAGGCCAGGGGCAGAGCUGGGUGGUACCAAUGGCAGUGAAUCCUGGCCCUGAGCCCACUACCCAUUGAUGGACACGCAGGAUCCCUCUGGUGCGGCUACUUCGCUUUGUGUCUCCAUUCAUUCAAGGGAUUAAAUGUCUCUGCUUUUUACCAAAGCAGUGCGAUGAACCAGGGGGUGUUGGGAAGGCUUGUGGGGGGAAGGGGAGGGGGUGGGCAGCACAGAUCCUGGCCACUUGGCUGCAAUGGGCUCAGGUCAGUGGCACUGCCUGGAAUGGAUUCUCUGUGGACUCAAAGCCAGGACAGCCGCAGUGCUCACUGCAUGCCAAAAUGUGCAGCCCCGGAUGCAGCAAAGUUGAGGGUGAUGCCAGCUGUUUGGGGAGGGAGGUGAGGGGGGCUGCUGCCCAUCACCAGCAGGGAUCAGAGGUCUGUAAGAGACCCUGCCCUUUGCAUGUCUUCCACAGUCCCCCUCCUUCCUCAGUAGCAUUCCCUGUGCCUUAAGCAUGGCCAGUCAGGGCCAUGGUGCGGUCUUUCAGCCCCAUUGGGGCUGGGACAUGGACAUAGUCAGAGCCACUCAGCCAUAUGGGACAUUUGCUUUAACCUUCAGCUGAGAGUGCAACUCCCUUUCCUUCUUAUUUUCUCCAAUCCUGCUCCAAGCCAUUGCUCCUCUAUACCUGGCCUGAUGCAUGGGCCUGUCCUGCUGUGGGGAUGAAACAGGAUCCAGUUCUGCCUUGAGCAAGGCUGGCCCUGCAUUCUUCCCUCCCUGCUCACCUCCGUAGUGUGAGAUCUUCCCCUGCUGCAUAAGUAGCUUCCACUAAGGGGUGCUAGCUGUUGGCAGGUUGCUUAAGACAGUGCUUAUCCUCUGUGGAGUGGGGGGUAGUGUUCCUUCUCCUGGCCCCCAUGGUGGCCUCCUCCUAAGGAUCUGAUCUGUGCCAGCUCUUCCAAUGUUACUUUGGACAGGGCUCCAGGGAGAGGCAGGAGGUGUCAACCCCUGUGCGCCCAGGGUAGGCUGGGUGGAUUGGGGCUGGUAAAGGGAUCUGGGAACAGUGUUGUAGUUGCAGUUAACUCUGGACCACUCCAAGAAGCCAGCCAGGCUGGGUGUCUUUCCUUUAAACUCAGCUUGCCCACAUGAUGUUGGGUUUGGAGGCACAAUAUUUUCUUCCUAAGGCCUGGAGCACUCUGGAUCCAAGCCAGCAUUGGGAGGCCUCUAUCCAUUGCUGGUGGGGGGGGCAUGGCUUUAUGCCCUUCCUAGCAUGUGUCCCCUUCAACUGAGAGGCUGAGGCUGAAACAGUGCAAAGUUACUGUCCCUUGAUGGAUGCCGCCCUCAGACCCUGGGGCCUGCUACUAGCCAACUGGCCUCACUUAGGGCACUGAGGUCAUCUCUCCAGAGCCCUGGAUGCAGCUGCCACAGCAAGAUGCAUCUCAUGGGAGAACACUGUCCAGGCCCAGGCUGGUACAUGGGGCAUUUGGGAAGGGGUAGGCUGCUUGCUUGUCUGUAUAACUUGCUUUCUGAUCCAUGUCAUGGUUCUUUCCUGGCUCCCAGCUGGGGAUAAACCACUCUCCUAUUGAGGUUGUGCCAGCCUAAAGGUGCCUUUAAAACUCCUGGAGAGCUACAGCUGUACUUGAUUUGCCUUCCUACAGCUGCCCUGGCUCUGGGGGGUGGGGAGUCUUUCUUUGUGGCCACCACCUUCACCUGCCUGGAAUUAAGCUCUUUAGAUCCUGCCUGAGAAGUGGCAGAUUCCUUGAGACCCACAGCCUCCUCUACAGCGGUGAUCCCACAGCUUUCCUCCAACUCCAGCUCUAAGCAGCAGAGACUCAUUCAACUGAACUCUGUGCAUGCUGCACACUACCCCCUCACUGUCUAUGUCUGAUCCCUAGAGCUGGGGCAAUGCUUCCAGGCUCUAAGCUGCCCCCUGUGCUAGGGUGAUUUGCUACCUCAUGCAAGCCCUGGCUAGACAGGCUGUACCUGUCUGGUACUGAUGGCUAUGCAUGUCCAAUUAGCAAAGGGCUGCAGAGCCUCCUUGGAUCCCGUUUGUGUCUCUGAGCCUUUUAAAAAGUAAUCCAGUAUUUAUUCUGAGCAUUAAAAGAGCAUUUUA